AUGCCUUCCUGGUGGAGAGGAAAAUCCAAGUCGUACUCCAACAGCUUCGGUCGGAGGAAAGACGCUGAGUCGUCGUCCUCUUCGCUGAAUCAUGGCAGCAAACUGAGCAAGAAGGACAAGGCGAAGAGCUUCGACGAAGUCAUCUGCCGCAGCAAUUAUCGGUACACGAGUGAUCCGGCGAUGGCUGCCUUUGAUUCCGAUGGUGGGAGGCAGUGCCAUCCCCUGCCUCCACCGAUCUCUUUGUCGCUGGUGCUCCCUCUGGAUCAUGCAGCGGCUAACGGAUCAGGGUCAGCGACGGGGACGGCCGGGACCGAGUCAUUUUCGGCAUCUGCGUCCAGCCUCAGCUCUACCGGUACUGA